AUGAUGUGCUGGGUUCUCCUGGAUCUGCUGAUCUUGUUGACCCUCAGCUGUGGGUCUGGUGCUGAAAAUGAAGGCUUCGUCAUUUCUUGUGCAGAAAAGCAGAAAGCCUUUAGAGAUUCCUGCUUUGAGUUCGUGGGUGUCCGGCUGUCUUUUUUUGGUGCCCAGGCUUGGUGUGAGGAGGGCGGGGGUCACCUUGCUUUUAUCGCUGAUGAAGACACUCAGCGUUUUCUUCAAGCACACCUGGACCCCGAUGAGGAUGCGUGGUUUGGAGUGGCGCACAGCAAGCAACAGUCUGUCGCUGAUGAAGGUCCUCUUGCUUGGCUGGACGGUUCCCCUGUCUCCUACUCAAAGUGGGUGAGCGGUCCACGGCCGGGCGCGGCCUGCGGACACAUCCUCGGAAACUCAGGGUUCCAGUGGGAGGCCACAGAGGACUGCGGCAAAAAGCUGCCUUUCAUAUGCCAGUUUGAGUCUGGGAGAUCCAUAGUGUGUGCGGAUUAUGACACAGCUCUGCAGUGCGGUUCUGGCCAGCUCAUAAUGAUAGACCAUGCUUUCUAUGGCCGCUUGAGACCUCAUUACUGCCGAUCCAUAUUCACUGCAGCAGCAUCCACACAGCAUGAGUGUGGCUGGGUGGACGUGGUCGAAUCCGUUGCAGCUCACUGCGACGGCCGACAGCUGUGCGCAGCUGCAGAGCUCAUGAGCUCUUUCGGUGAGCGGUGUCCUGACCUGAGGAGCUACCUGUCUGUGGACUACCACUGUCAAGACAGCCUCACGCUGUCAGUGAACACGGUGGCUGCUGUUCUCCAUGACGUACGCAUCGGAGUGACAUUACUCACACACAGAUCGGAGGGAAACCUUCGCUGCGAGCUCCGAACUGGAGACGGGCGUGUUGUUUAUCUGUCCAGCCCCCAGGGGUUUGAGCAGAGUGUGGUGCACAGAUACGCUCAACCAAGUACAUUCACAGUGGCAGCGGAAUGCAUCACUGGGAUUAUACACAGCACAGCCUGGAAAAUGAUCACCAUCCAAGAGCCUAUCACAAAGAUUGGUGUCAUCAGAUGCUUUGCUGGAAGCCUUUCUUUCUCUGAAAGCAGCUGCAAAGCCUUGUAUGGAGCAGCUCUGCACAUCCAGAUUGAAGUAAAAGCAGGUACAAAUGUGACCUACAGAGUCCAAAAGAAAGAAAAGCUGUUAUCGGGCUUGUCUGUGGUCAAAGGAAGCGAUCCCCAGAACAUCACAGUGUCUGGAGAAGCGGUGAAGCAGAUCGGUCCCGGCUGCCACCGCCUGACUCUUUAUGCCUCCAACAUGGUCACGUUCCCCGAGGUUUCCGCUGACCUGCAGGUUUCAGAACCCACGCUUGCGUCGAUUUCUCUUGAUAGUCUUAAUGAAACAGUGAUGAAUGCCGUGGCCGAGCUGGAGACGCAGGGGCUCCUGUCAGGAGAAACGCUGGGGGAGCUCUACUUUACUGUCGCCACUCAACUCAACACACUUGCUGGUUAUUUGGGUCCAGUUCUCAGCAGACAGGCGCUUCGUGAGGAUAUGUUGGCGAUAAUGAUCGACGUGGUUAAAGAAACGGCCCCCAACACUUCACAGGAGGUUCAGGUGAUCGCCAGAGGACUCAGCGCGCUCGUCAAAAAAAAUGCAGAGCUCAGUUUAACUGCACAGAAAAAUAUCUCUGAUGCCCUCCUCGAUGCCCUGGACAACAUACUGAGUGCUUCAUUGUUAUUUAAAGAGACAAAUGAGCCGCCGACUACAAUCCACAUGGAACAUGUUAGUGUUGUUGCUGAAAGAGUUUCACCCAGAAAAUUAAAGAAAAAGUUUAUGGAAGUCUCCAACUGCUCCUGCUCUGCAUUUUACAUCCCAUCUCUGCCUUCUGCCACAUUUUCUUCAUAUAAGUCAGUUGACUUGAGAAUGAUGAGCUUUGACAAAAACCCGUUUUCCUGGCAUGACGGAGGGGACGUCACUGGUCCAGUAGGCGCUCUGUCCGUCAGUGAUACCGAUGGGGUCACGAUACCUGUGAGGGACUUAUGUAAAGCGGUUGAGAUUUUUUUGCCGAGGCCAGCUGACAACCAGACGAAUUCUUCUUUCCUGGACCUGGGAAACUUCAGCACUACAGUCAUAAAUGUGCCCUCCGCCAACUCUACCGUGGUGUUAAAGAUGAUCCCUUCAGAGGAACCCCUCCCCUUCAAAGUGUUCCUGGGGUAUCUGGAGUACCCCACCGUGACCAACUACGUAGCGAUGGUCGAGAUGCCUCAGCCGGGAGCAACAACAGAGGAGAGAUACACAUGGCUGCUGGACCCUGUGACGCUGAAGGGAAACGUGGGAGAGCACCACCUUGUGGUCAGGCCCAUCGUGGGCCCGGGCAUCAAAUCCAUCAAUGCCAAUUUAUCAAUCACAACCAUCACUACCUCAUGUAAAUUCUGGAACCACUCACUGCAGACCUGGAGCGAUAAUGGGUGUCGAGUUGGUGUGAACAGCACAGCUACAGUGACACAGUGUCUCUGCAACCACCUCACCUUCUUCGGGAGCUCCUUCUUCGUCACGCCCAACCUGGUCGACCCGUCACGCAGCGCCCAGCUGUUUGCGAGCUUUGCCGAGAAUCCGGUGGUGGUUUGCUUCGUGGGGGCGCUCUUUGUGACCUUUUUCCUGGUGGUCGUGUGGGCGAGACGGAAGGACAUCCAAGACAUAGCUAAGGUGAAGAUCUCAGUUCUGGAGGACAAUGAUCCCAUGGAUCGGUAUCGAUAUCUGUUGAGCAUCGGCACUGGGCAUCGCAUAGGAGCGUCCACUUCCUCUCAGGUUACAGUAACUCUGCUGGGCGAUGCAGGUAGCAGUGAGCCCCACCACCUGUCUGAUCCAAGGAAAAUAGUGUUUGAGAGGGGUGCGGUGGAUUUGUUCCUGCUUUGCACAUCUUUCUCCCUGGGAGACCUGCAGGGAAUCAGACUGUGGCACAACAACUCUGGCGACCAUCCCGCCUGGUUUGUCAGUACUGUCACGGUGCAGGAUUUACAGACCAAACAGAAAUGGCAUUUUCUCUGCAACUCCUGGUUAUCAGUGGACAUGGACGACUGUAUCCUCGAUAAGGUUUUCCCAGCUGCAACUGAUGAAGAGAUGAAAAGGUUCAAUAAUCUGUUUCUUAUGCGGACGACGAAGGAUUUCAAUGAUGGACACCUCUGGUUCUCUGUGAUAAACCGACCACCAGGCAGCAACUUCACCUGUGUGCAGAGAGUGUCCUGCUGCUUCUCCUUGCUGCUCUGCACCAUGCUGACCAGCAUCAUGUUUUAUGGGAUUCCCACAGACCCUUCUGAGCAGACCCUGGACCUGGGUCACUUUGAGUUCACCUGGCAGCAGUUCAUGGUGGGAGUCCAGAGCUCUCUUAUUAUGUUUCCAGUGAACAUCCUCAUAGUUAGCAUCUUCAGGAACACUCGCCCUCGGGAGACGUCUUGUUGCCAGCGCAAAAACAAAAGAAAUAGCCUUGAGGAGAAUGUUAACUCGCAGACUGCUUCCACCAAUACGAAUGCCAAUAUAACACUGGACAUCAUCAUCAAGGAUAUUACAAGAGUUGCUAAUUCACUGUCUAAUACAGUAAAAAGCAACAUCCUAUCCACAGAGUCUGAGUUUGGCCAGGGACAACAAAAGGAUAUCCAUGCAAUUCUUUCUGCGGUGGAAGACUUCAUCAAACAGAAUACUAAAACUUGUGACAACAUUCAAUCCAAAGCCCAGCCUCUGGUUUCAGCUGAAGGAGUUGAGAAGAAGAGCAACAAAACACUGUAUCUGUACAAGCAGCUGUGCCACAUUGAGGAGGAGCUGAGCCUGAUGGGACCCUCCAGCUUCCCCUCUGCACAAAACCACGGCCAGACCCUGCAGCAAGUCCAGAGGACGAAGGGACUGUUGGAGGAUCAGCUCUUCAGAGCCAACUGCAUCGACAUAGAUGAAAACUCAUACAAAAAGUCAACAGAUGGCUCACAUGAUAACAAAGGCAAGACCAAAAGGAGGUGCUGUCAUGGAGGCCUGCCUUGGUGGUUUGUGUUUGUUGGCUGGCUGCUCGUCAUUGCCACCAGUGUCAUAUCGGGCUAUUUCACAAUGCUUUAUGGGCUGAAAUUUGGGAAGCAGCAAUCAAUAAGCUGGUUGGUGUCCACGAUCAUUUCCUUCUUUCAGAGUCUCCUCUUCAUUCAGCCAAUAAAGGUGCUGUGCCUCGCUGUCUUCUUUGCACUUGUGACAAAAAAUGUUGACGAAGAUUUUCAAAGUGUGCCGCCUCUGCCGGUUGCAAGUGAUGAUUGUGCAGGUAAAGAUCUGCAACCCAGGAGACGCGACGGCAGCCUCUACAAGCCCCCUCCUCCGUCAGACGUCGAGAAAAUGAGAAGAAAUCGGAUUAUGGAGCAGAAAGCCUUUGCUCUCCUCUGGGAGAUUUUGACCUAUAUGGGAUUCAUGUGGAUGCUCCUGCUGGUGGCGUACGGCCAGAGAGAUCCCAACGCCUUCUUUCUGAACCAACACAUCAGGAAGAGUUUCAGUGAGAAUAUCUCAGAUAGUAUGAGUCUUGGGGACGUGUUCUCGUGGACCCGCACGUCUCUUCUCAGUAAUCUGUUUGGAGUUUAUCCAGGAUUUAUUACUGAUGGAAACUCCAAGCUGGUCGGCAACGCCCGUCUCCGUCAACUGAGAGUGCGGAGAAGCUCCUGCCAGAUCGCCGGCUUCGUGCAGGAGCUCGUGUCAGAGUGUCACUCUCCAUACUCAUGGGACAUGGAAGACAUGGGCUCCUAUAAGCCGGGCUGGAACCGCUCCCUGACGGAUAACACCUCCACCAACACACCAGACCCCUGGACCUAUCAGACGCAGGCACAGCUCAGGUCCUACCCCAUCUGGGGACAGCUGGAACUGUACAGGGGAGGAGGCUUCGUGGCCGAGCUCGGUCCAGACUCAGAAACUGCAAGCAGCACCCUUGAGUAUCUGUUUAGAAACUCUUGGCUGGACGUUUACACGAGAGCCAUCCUUGUAGAGUUCACUGUGUAUAAUGCAAACGUGAACCUCUUCUGUAUCGUCACACUCCUGCUGGAGACUGCAGCUGUCGGAGCUUUUCAGUUCAACACUGAGCUCCGGACUGUCCGUCUGUACCAGUCUACAGGCGGCAUGUACAUCUUUGUCAUGGCUGCCGAGAUCAUCUAUCUGCUUUUCAUCCUCUAUUACAUGUUCCUGCAGGCCAAGUUAGUCAAGCAGCAGCGGUGGGCUUACUUCAAGAACAAGUGGAACCUUCUGGACCUAACAAUCAUCCUGCUGAGCUGGAGUGCCGUGGCAGUCUUUAUAGCGAGGACCCUGCUUGCAAUCAGAGAUAUUGCCUACUACCACGACCACAAAGACCAAUUCGCCAGUUUUUAUGAGACUGCCUCAGCCGAUGCCGUGCUUCAGUAUCUCAUCGCCUUCCUGGUCCUGUUCGCCACGGUCAAGAUGUGGCACCUGCUCAGACUUCACCCAAAGAUGAACAUGAUCUCCGCCACGCUGCAGCGUGCCUGGAGUGACAUAUCCGGUUUCCUCAUCGUCCUUCUGAUCAUGUUGAUGGCAUAUUCCUUUACAAGCUACAUGAUUUAUGGCUGGAAGCUGUCGUCUUACCGGACUUUGGCUAAUGCUAUUCUGACCAUCUUCAGUCUGCAGAUAGGCAAGUUUGACUAUGAAGAGGUCUUGAACAACACGUCUCUGAUGGGCGGAUUGCUGUUUGGUUCCUGUGUUGUGUUCAUGACAUUUGUUGUGGUCAAUCUGCUGAUUUCCGUAAUCCUCGUGGCAUUCAGUGAAGAGCAAAUACAACACAAGCCUUCGGAAGAAGAGGAGGUUGUCGACGUGAUGCUGAGGAAAAUCUUCAAUAUUUUUGGGAUCAGAUAUAAAAGCGCGGCAGACGCCCCGCGGCCUGACGCGAACGGCAGCAGUGGCAGAAACAUCCUCAGCUCCUCUCCAGAAGACGUCAACAUAUUUCACCUCAAACCCGACAGCAAAAUUAAUCCCUAGGUGUGCAUUUGAUUGUACUGCAUGUGUUUGUGGACGAUUAUUCUUUCUUUUUCUUUGCUGAUUUCCUCGUGAGAGCUCAGUGCAAAGUCUAAUUAUUAUGUGGAAAAAUUCCAUUGUGGAUGAAUAUUUAGCGAACACUUCAUUUUGUUAUUUCAUGCUUCACACUGAAUAUACACAAAAACAAAUCUAAUAUUCUCAUGCAUGCUUCACCCUUGUACAACCAAAGUGCCGUGAAAUAGAGAAAACUGCCGCUGCGCUCAGGUCUCAUCUGCUCAUCUGAUGUCUUUCAGUUCUGUCGACAGCUGAAAGUUUGACUCUGCACACUGUCAAUUUUCA